ACCAUUGCAUUGCAUAUUGCAUUGCAUGCAUCAUCAAGAGUUCCAGGUACCGGUACGCAGAGCAGAAAUUAUGGUUCGAUCGCAACUAGACUCGACUACAUACUAGAUUUGGACUGCUGAACUUGAAGAGUGUGAGCUGAUGAGGCGGGUAAAACAUUACACUCUACAUUGACAAAUCUUUGGCUAGCUAUAUAACCAUCAUGGUUUCAGUGGCUGCCGUGGCUCUUACGGCCAUUGUAGUGACCCUAGCUGUCUUCAUCCAACGGCUGAGGAAGAGGAGACGGGCUGGAAUGUCCUUUAGAAGUGAGCAUGUCAUUGUCUUUACUCGCUACCCAGAACCUGGUACAACAAAGACGAGACUCAUUCCUGAUCUUGGGGAAGCAGCAGCAGCUACCCUUCAGCUUUACUUGACCAAUCAUAUUCUCGAGGUUCUUCAGUUGGUACAAGCCAAGCGACCAUGGGUUUCUGUUGAAAUCAAGUACAUUGGAGGCACAAAGAAACAAGUUGACUACUGGCUGAGCAGCCAUCGCAGAAGGCGACUACGAUGUCGCUGGUCUGAGCAGAUCGGUCAGGGACUAGGGGAGAGAAUGGUCCAUGCAUUUAGUGCAGCCUUUGAAAGGAAGAAGCAGAGAGUCAUAUUAAUCGGGAGUGAUAUCCCAGCAAUCGAUGCUGAUACCAUAUGUUCUACCUUUGACAAGUUGUCCCUUGGAUCCUGUAACAUGAUAUUGGGUGCUGCUAAAGAUGGGGGUUACUACCUGGUUGGGCUGAGUCAAAAUGAGGGAGAAGAAACUAUAGAUCUUGAUCCUCUGUUUACCAGCUCAGAUAUAGAAUGGGGUACAAGUAAAGUCCUACAACAGCAAAGAAAAGUUGCACAACAACUUCAACUGAGACUAGAGAUACUCCCCAGAAUAUUGCAAGAUGUGGAUACGGUAGAAGAUCUAGAUGAAAUUGAGAGGUCAACAGGGUAUACUGUGGAACAAAUUCGAGCACCAUUCCUUUCCGUUAUCAUUCCUGUUUUUAACGAAGGUCCUUUUAUACAACAGACACUCCAAAACGUCACAGAGCGAUGUUCUUUUCCAAACUUUUUGGAGAUCAUAAUCUGUGAUGGAGGAAGUGAUGACAACACAAGCGAACUUGUCACAGAAUUUGCCAAGAAUAAUGAAAGAGUCCCUAUAAAACUUGUUACAGGGUUAAAAGGUAGGGGUAGACAACUAAACAAAGGUGCCAUGUAUUCCAAAGGAGACAAUCUUCUUUUCUUACAUGCUGACACCAAGUUACCUCAAGGCUUUGAUGCGUCGGUGGUGCUUACACUCUCCACUCCUGGGGUGAGUGGAGGGGCCUUUAAGUUUGCUCUGGACUUCAAUCAUUGUUCAGAGUCAGAGAGGUCUGAGUUUGGUUACUCCAAACUCUUUGCAUUUGAGAUGAAGGUGUUAGAAUGGGGAACCAACUGGAGGGCUAAGAUCAUGGAGCUUCCCUAUGGAGACCAGGCUUUGUUCAUGUCUAGGACCUUAUUCAAAAGUGUUGCCAUGUUUCCUGAUUAUUUAAUAAUGGAAGACUAUGAAAUGGUGUGGAAGCUUCAAGGAGAAGGUCAUAUACAGAUAGUUGAAGGGAAGCAGGCCAUCACAUCAUCAAGGAGAUGGGCACAAUAUGGUUAUCUUACAACAGUGAUGUGGAACUAUGUGAUCAUUAUUGCCUACCAUAUGGGAAUCCAUCCGAAUGCUCUGGCUAGACUCUACUAUGGAAGACAACUUACUCAUGCCAACUGAAAUCAUCAUCUUCAUCAUCAUCAUCAUCAUCAUCAUAUCUAUCUUCAUCAUUAUCAUCACCACCACCACCACUACCAGCAUCAUCACCUGCAUGCCAUGUGUGUACAGGAGCAAGAGACAAGGAAACUAAAAGUAUGUCCUAUAUAUUUGAUUCUGUGAAGCAUGGUGAAAGUAACGAAAGGUGUGCUAUGGAUACAAAUUAUGGAUAGAGCUAUAGUUGAUUGAUUUUAUGUGACAAAAUUGACGAGACACUGAAAGAAAUGAAAUAAUUUGUUGUUUAUUUUAUUCUGAUAUGGCAGCUGGAAUAUUUGGUUGUGGAUUUGAGAAUAUUAUGUUUGUUGGUUAUUGGCAAACUGUUCAAAUUUAUCCUAAUUUAUUUGUUCAUUUACUCAUUCAUUUCCAAAUUAUUCACUUUCGCACGAAUAAUGAUAUGAAACACUUAUUUAUCAUUUUUGUUUUUGUUUUAUUAGAUGAUAUGAUCUACUCAACUUUUCAUUAGGUCAAUUUUGCUAUGUGAUGCAGCUUUUAGACAAUGCACGUAGCUAAUGUUUCAAUGAAUGAUCUGCUACUGUAUAUAUGACGCACAAUUAUAAUGUACGUACCAGCAACUCAUGGUAAUAUUGUUAACUUCCUUAUUGUUGCAAUUGAAAUUUGUGUAUAUAUUCAUACUUUUCAGAUGACAUGGAUAUUUAAUCCUAAAUAAGUUUUUAGAAUUUGUUAUACUUAAACUAUGUUUAUCUUUUAUGUUAGGCGUACAUGUAUAAUGUGUAUGCUAUAUUCAAUAUAUGCCUAUGGGUGUCAAGCACACUACGAAUGUAUAAACACAUACUCAUUCUAGAGUCAGUAUUUCUAAAAUACAAAAUAAUGAAAUAUAUAUAUAUUUAUAUAUGACAGUAUCUUUUGGAGCAGAAAUUGCAAGUGUGCUGAUUGAUUAUGUUGCAAUGAUUAUUUAUUAUGAAUUUAUCUGUAGGUGAUUCAAUUAUACCCUGUCUACGAAAAUAACUUUAAAUUGCUUUAAUUCAUAUUUGUUUAAGUCUACUCUUAGUUACUAAUUUUUCUCUUUAUGUGCCCUGUUGCUUGCUUUCAGUAUUAAUGAUGUAUUCAAUGUCCCUUUAGGGAAACUUAUUAAGUUUGAUAUAAUUAGUUUGAUUUGAUCAUGUUUCUGUACAAUUUGAUAAUUAUGAUAUGAAAAUCAAUAUUAAGUAGCAGAGGUGUGAACCAAUAGUGCAAUCUACAGAAUGCAUGUACAUGUAUACAGUGCAUGAAUUACUCAACAUGAUUCAAAGGAAAGGUAUUUUUCAUGCCUUUCCUAAUAUUUUAUUUUCCUGUAUUCUACAUUGACCAGUUUGUUUACUGGAAAUUCCUAUUAUGAAAUCCUCAUGUAACAAAAACCAUGAGACUAAACGAACAUUUGAGUAGUAUCUCGUAACAGUAUCAAGACAGGGUUGGAGAAUAUCUUACUUAUAUAAAGACUACAUUUAGAUUUCCCUGUGCAGUGACCACCUGUACAAAGGGACCACCUGUCUAUAUACAUUUACUAUUUCCCUUGAAUAGUGUUUCUCAUUGAAGCAUGUACUAAAGUAGACAGUGCUUAAAGACCACUUGCAUAUAAAACCACCUUCCUUUUCUUUCUUAGGUGGUCUCUAUAUACAAAUUUCACUGUCUUUUUCAAUCGUGUUGCACCUUUGAUGUGUGAAGGAAUCGUAUUGAUGGAUGCUUAGUAGGAGAAUUAAAAUUGAUAUCAAAGGAAUGAAGAAACCCUUCUGUUCCAUUGCAGUAUAUAUAUAUAAAGAUUUCACUCAUGCGUCUGUUUUUACAGCACUGGCUGCUCGAAUUUUGUAGAAACAUGAUAAAAAUUGUUUAGUGUGUGCAUGAUAUAAGUCACUAUGUCUUACCAUUACAAGAGAAGUAUUACAAAUCAUUUUUAGAAAAAAUGAAUAUUUUACUUUGUCAAUAAGAGUAACUUUAACAAUUAUGUUUCAUAAUAUACUCAUAAUAUAUUGAAUACUGGUGGUAUUUAAGGUUUAAUCAAGAAAAUAAGAAUAUAGGAAAAAACAAAUGUAUUGUUUAAUUAGCGAUAAUAUGUAAGAUAUUGAGAUUUGCAAGCUCUUAGAAAAUGUGCAAGUUACAUUCCUGUACUGUAAGAGCAGUGGUUUUGUGUUACAAAUUGAUCAAGUCAUGUCACUCAAGAGAGUUAUCAGGUUUUUUAAUUAAUGCUGCAUGAGAUUUUGCUCAUACCGUAUGUACUUUAUCUAUUACACAUGUUCUACUUUGAACUUGCCAAAUAUAUCAUGAAAAAGCACAACAAAAUGAACACAAAUAUUUCCUGCUUUUACAGUAUACAGAAUCCCACCUUGAUCUUGUAACACAUACUUGGUGAGUAGCUAUAUAGUCGGUUUCCAUGGUUUCUUGGAACACUGUCGUAAUAUAUCCAUCACAGCUGGGGGCCAUCCAAUAGCAUAACAAGGGAUUCAAUGUCUUGUACAAUCAGAGAGGUGCAUGGCCAGCACUGAAUUAAAGCAGCAAUAUUUGAACUAUCAUUUAGCAUGCUUGGUGGCUGACAAUGUGGGCGCACUUCCAUGUUCAGCUGCCCGAAUCAGCUAAGAGAAAGAAUAUUGCUUUGAUUACUAUGUAAUAUUAACUUUAUUUUCAUGCCCUAUCAUGCUAUGCUUGUGCCUCUGCUAUUUUUAGAUAUCAAAUAGUCUAUGAAUCAAAUAAAAAAGUCUAGAAUAAAAAUUACUUUGAAAGAUUA